AACAACAAAUUUUUUAAUAUUUUAUUUCGAGCCUAGCUGUAGAUCGGGAAACAAAAAAUUUUUAAAUAUUUUAUUUCGAGUCAAAUUACCAAACGGGAAACGAAACUUUUUAAGUUUCUUUAAGAUGACUCAAUCAGAUGAUACGCAAGUUCAGCGUAUUAAAAUAAAAUUGUGCGCGUCGAACUGUUAUUAUCCAUUUGAUUGUGUACGCGAAUACAAAAUGAAACUCAACUCAAAUUUCAAGAAACUUGCUGUGUUAAUAUGCAGAGAAAUGCGCAUGCCAUACUCUCUGCUGCGCUUUCACUUCGAAGGAAAGCGCAUCAGACCGACGCAUACGCCAGAGUCACUGGGCAUGGAGAAUGGCGACACCGUAGAUAUUCUUACAAUGCAAGGGGGCUCGUUGAUGGAUUCAAACUCGGUGAAAGACCUCUUCGGUCGUUUUCUGCUGCACCAGGGCACGUUGAAUUCUCGAGGAAAGUGGCAGUUGGUGAAACAUCGAGGCUACGGCGUCUCUAUCUUUUUGCCAAUAUCGUUAAUAUCCAAAUGUAAAUAUGAAUGGAAAUUUACAUAAAAAUGUAUUUACAUAAGUGUAUAAAUAUGCAUGUAAAUUGCUGUAUUUUCUGUUUUUUUCACACCGUUAUAAAAUUGUCUUUUCCGCUUAAAUGUACAACUCGAUUAAGCUGCCAAUUAUAGGCAGCCGAAAGCCUGCUUACAAAAUUUUAACACAAAAUAAAAAAAAUAUAAUAAUACAAAUAUUACUCUCCACACGAAAACUUUAAAGCCCUUUUCGAGCAUUGCAGUAAUUUAUAAUUGUUAAUUAAU